AUGCUUAUUUUGUUACUUUAUAUUCAAAUAUUACACCCUUUAUCUUGGAAUGUUGUUAUUUCUAGCUAUGUUAGAGCUGGGUUUUGUAAAGAGGGUUUACCUGUGUACCAAAAGAUGCUGAAACGGGGGAUUGGCCCGAUUAUUUUAGGUACCCGUCUGUGCUUAAGGCGUGUGGUGAAGAAUGUGAUGGGGUUUGGGAAGGUGGUUCAUGGGUGGAUUGUGGUAUUGGGUUUGGGUUGGAAUUUGUUUGUGUAUAAUACUUUGGUGUUUAUCUAUGGGAAAUGUGGUGAGUUGGACGUUGCACGUAAGUUGUUUGAUGAAAUGCCUGAACGAGAUGGGGUUUCUUGGAAUUCAAUUAUAUCGGGGUAUGCAAGUGAAGGGAUGUGGAGAGAUGCAUUUAAGCUUUUUGAUCCGAUGCGGAAUGAAAAUGUGGAAGUGAAUAUUAUCAUUUGGAAUACGGUCCUUGAAGGGUACUUGAAGACAGGUGAGUAUAGGCGAGUGCUGAAAUUGGUUUCGGAAUUGAGGACUUAUAGUGAAGAAUGGGAUCGUGUGGCUGUAAUUAACGUUUUAAAUGCAUGCUUUCAUAUUGGUAUGUUGAAAUUUGGUAAAGAAAUUCAUGGUUUAGGGACUAAUUGUCACUAUAGAUGUGAAAUGGAACUAAGUUCAAUGAUAACUAUUUCUUUAUCAUAUGGGUACCAAGAUUAUGAUAAUGGUCACAAGCUAUUCUGA